AUGUCAAGCUGUUUGGCCUCUGCCUCACAGUUUUGCUGUGGCUCUCGUGGGAAGCGGCUGAGCAGGCUCUACCUCAUCAGGCAUGGUGAGACAGUUUGGAAUGCAGAGCGGCGCAUCCAAGGGCAGCUCGACAUUGAUAUCAAUGACAAUGGCAUGAAGCAGGCGGAGGCUGCCGCUUUGGCUCUCUCGAAGCUGGGCAUUCUGCCCACGCUCGACGCAGUCGUCUCCUCGGACCUGCUCAGAGCCUCACGCACGGCUGACAUCAUUGCCGCAGCCGCGGCCCGCGGUUCCGGCCGGCGGCCGGCCCGGACGUUGGAUCCACAACUCCGGGAGAUUGGUUACGGCAAGCUGCAAGGGACCGAGAGCGACAAUGCAGAUUGUAAGAAGUUGCAAUCGUCCACAUUCAAUGCUUGGAUCGAGGGCGAUCUUUCAAAGGGCUUCCCCGAGGGCGAGACGGGGUACGAGUUUUUGGAGCGGAUCUUGCAGGGCCUACGACAAGCUGCUGGUCUGGGGGAGGCUGUGGUGGUGGUAGCACAUGGCGGCCUGAUCCGCUGGUCGGCGGCGCAGAUCGCCCCCACGCCGGACGAGGCGAAGCGCCUGGUGAAGUCCCCGAUUGUGAAUUGCUGCUGCUCCACCUUGGUUUACGACCAUGAUUCGGACUCGUUUCACGCGGAGGAGUGGUUUGCUGAUUUGCAGAAAUCAUCAGGACCUCCGCGUUUGGUGGGCAAAAUUCUGGAAAACGGGAAGAGGUUGAUGGGAACGCAGAUGGGACGACGACUAGCUGACUGUGUGAUGUAG